AAUUAACAAUAAACAAAGGAAAGUUUUUGAUUUUUGGAUUCUGAUUUCAGGGGUGUUUGAAUUUUUCCUUGGUUUUGAAAAUUUUCCUUUUUAUUUUCUCAGACUUUCCUUACAUCAGUACACACACCACGCCACCUCUUUAAAUGAGGCCAGCCCCUCUCUCUCCCACUCCUCUCUUUCAUUGGUAACAGUAACACUACUAGCAGUUGCAGAAGCGCCGUUUCACUCUCUCUCUCUUUGUGGAUGGCUGCUCCUCUCUUGUCUUUAUAGAGCUGUGACCAUUUUCUCUCGCUGUCUCCCUCUUUCUCAUCAGAAUUCAAAGCUGGAAAAACCAAGGAUGAUGGUUUCUUCAAAUCUUCUUCCUAGAUGGCUUGAGGCUCUUCUCAGGGAGAAGUUCUUCAACGCUUGUGUAAUUCACGAGUACGCAAAGAAGAAUGAAAAGAACAUCUUUUGCUUGGACUGUUGCACCAGUAUUUGCCCUCACUGCUUGUCCCCUCACCGCUCUCACCGACUUUUGCAGAUUAGAAGGUAUGUUUACCACGAUGUUAUAAGAUUGGAUGAUGCUGAGAAAUUGAUGGACUGUGCUUCAGUUCAAGCUUACACCACGAAUAGUGCAAAAGUGGUGUUUUUAAAUCAAAGGCCACAGACAAGGCAAUUCAGAGGCUCCGGGAACAUCUGCAGCACCUGUGACAGGAGUCUUCAAGACCCAUAUCACUUCUGCUCCCUCUCCUGCAAGAUUGACUAUCUCCUGAGAACAGAAGGCAAGCUGUCCAAGUACCUCUUCGAGUGCGAGUACCUCACGUUGCCCGAACCGGGUUGUGAGCUCGAGGACGGUUCACUCACGCCUGACUCGGUACUCGAACCGCCAGGCUCGAUGAGGACGUCGUCGAGUUCGAGCGCCGGCGAGGGUGCCGGAGGAGUCGGAUGCCGGACUCUGGCUUGCACUGCGACCACUGAGUUCGUGAGGAAGAAGCGGAGUAGCGUAUCGGUGUACCGGACAGCCUGCCGGCCGAUAUGCUCCCCGGUUUCGGAGAUUUCGGCCGGCAUGAUGAACCGGCGAAAGGGCACUCCACAGCGGUCGCCGCUGUACUGAAUUAGUGCGUACGGACUACGGACUGAUGGUGGCGGUGGGGGAGGUUUUGAGGGGCAUGUUCGGUAUUUCACGUUUUUAUUCAGGUUUCCUAGGAUUUGAAGAAAAAAGUCUCCCAAUUUUGUAGAAAAAUCUCUCUCAUCUCCCUUUCAAAUUCAAAUCGGUCAUUUGUUUCUUUUCUCCUUUGUAAGAGUAACAGUGACAAGAUGACCAUCUUUCAUUAAUAUAUUUUCCUUUUUUGGUGUUAAUUUUAA